UUGUACGUGAAUAUGGAGGUAGCAAAUUGAGCUGCAUGCCUCAGAACUGCCCCGUGAUCUGAUUCAGCCCUCGAAUCACCUCUGCGGAGGCGUCUAGCAACACUCACAGCAAAAUGUCUCGUCACAGAAAUGUCCGCGGUUAUAACUACGAUGAAGACUUAGAUGAUGACGACGUGUAUGGGCAAUCCGUGGAUGAUGACUUCUGCAUCUCUCCCGCUACGGCUGCCCAGUUCAUCUACUCUCGCCAGGAGAGGCAAACUCCUCAGGUCGAGCGGGUGGAGGAGGAGCAGGAUGAGGAAGGUGAAAUUCCUAUGUCACCCUCCAUAGGCCCCACUCUGGAUCCACUGGAUCAAGGUCGGCUCUACUCGUGUCUGGACCACAUGCGAGCGGUGCUGGGGGACACGCUGUCCGACUCCGUUCUGACCCAGGCGGCCAUGCGGCACGACUUCGACCCACAGAGGGCGCUAGACGCGGUCCUGUCCGAGGAGAGUGCGCACCACGCACACACAGAGGCGCCGCCACCACCCAAACCCACACAGCCGCCCACACCCGCGCCCUUACCGCAGAGACCAGAACGAGAGAGAGGUAAAGGCCGGGAGAAUCGCAACAAAGUGGAGUCCGAGGUCAUCCCUAAAGUCGCCCGCAUGACCGUCUCUGGCAAGAAGCAGACCAUGGGCUUUGAUGUGCCAGGCAUGGAGGAGAAUGGCGUCCAGAAUCCUUCUGUGCGCCGGGGCCCCAGUCCUAACCCAGAGGCGGUUGCCAUGACGCCUGCCCCCACGCCUGCCAGUGCCCCUGCCAAGCGCCCAGAGACGCCCGUCAAGAACCAGGGCAGCGGUGACGAGCCUGCGCCCGCUGUUACCCCGGUUACGCCCCGCACCACCGGCAAGAGCAAAACACAACUCAACAUCCGCGCCGAGCUGGACAAGCGACAGGGAGGGAAACCACUACUCAACAUGGUGGUCAUAGGCCAUGUGGACGCAGGGAAGAGCACAUUGAUGGGCCACCUGUUGUACCUGCUGGGGAACGUGAACAAAAGGACCAUGCACAAGUACGAGCAGGAGGCCAAGAAGGCCGGCAAAGCCUCCUUCGCAUACGCCUGGGUCCUGGAUGAGACCGGGGAAGAGAGAGACAGGGGAGUAACUAUGGACGUGGGGAUGACCAAGUUUGAAACCGCUACUAAGGUUGUGACCCUAAUGGACGCCCCUGGACACAAGGACUUCAUCCCCAACAUGAUCACUGGGGCCGCACAGGCUGAUGUGGCGGUGCUGGUGGUGGAUGCGAGUCGUGGGGAAUUUGAGGCGGGAUUCGAGGCAGGCGGUCAGACGCGGGAGCACGCCCUCCUGGUCCGCUCGCUCGGAGUCACGCAGCUCGCCGUCGCCGUCAACAAAAUGGACCAGGUCAGUUGGCAACAGGAACGAUUUAAAGAAAUCACCAGCAAACUUGGUCAUUUCUUGAAGCAAGCAGGCUUUAAGGACUCUGAUGUGUUCUACGUCCCUACGAGUGGACUCUCAGGAGAGAACCUGACCAGCAAGAGCACUGUGGCUGAGCUCGUCUCCUGGUACAAGGGCCCCUCCCUGGUGGAGCAGAUUGAUGGGUUUAAGCCUCCUCAGAGAUCAGUAGAGAAGCCUUUCCGGCUCUGUGUGUCUGACGUCUUCAAAGACCAGGGCUCUGGGUUCUGUGUGACGGGGAAGAUUGAAGCGGGCUACGUUCAGACGGGAGAGCGCAUCCUUGCCAUGCCCCCCAAUGAGACCUGCACUGUUAAAGCUAUCACUCUACAUGAUGAGCCCCUGGACUGGGCUGCUGCCGGUGACCAUGUGACCCUGUUUGUGACGGGGAUGGACAUCAUCAAAAUAAAUGUGGGUUGUGUAUUCUGUGAUCCUAAAGAGCCAAUCAAAGCCUGUACUCGAUUCCGAGCCCGGGUUUUGCUGUUCAACAUUGAGGUUCCCAUUACACAAGGCUUUCCUGUACUGUUGCACUACCAGACAAUAAGUGAGCCAGCGACCAUCAGGAAGUUGGUGAGCAUCUUACACAAAAGCAGCGGAGAAGUUUUGAAGAAGAAACCAAAGUGUCUGGGUAAAGGUCAGAACGCAGUGGUGGAAAUCCAGACUCAGAGGCCAGUCGCUCUGGAGCUCUACAAAGACUUCAAGGAGCUAGGCCGCUUCAUGCUCCGAUACGUGGGCUCAACUAUCGCCGCCGGGGUCGUCACCGAGAUCAAAGAAUGACCACCGCUCAGACUCCUGCUGGAGGCCUCGGAGGACUUUAGAAGAAGAACUGGGCCAAAGAGCUUGAGAACAAGUGCAAUUUCCUCUCCCCCCGUCACUCUUGGGCUGGCUCAUGUACACACUCACUCACAUACAUACACACACACACACACACACCCCUCAUGUCAGCUUCUUGCUGCCGAGAGCAUGAGCACGUUGUUGGACUUUACUGUGGAGGAAAGGAUCAAAAACAGACAGAUCGACAGGGCUGUAUUAUUAAUAAUUAUUAAUAACUAUUAUUAUUAUCAUUAUUAUUAUUAAAUAUUUGUGAAGUUGCUAAUGUGACAUUAGCUUGCUAUUACCAAACAUUUCAUUUUGUAGACCCAGGAGGUGAUGGAAGGCAUUUAGUGGGUGCUAGUAUGGCAUAGCCAUACAUUCACUUCGGGAAUGUUUGGGUGGGCUUGAGUCGUGCUGGCAUGUUACUGCCACGUCUCAUCCUCAAACAGGAGUCCUUAAAUGAACAAAUCUCGUACACACACUUACAAACUUAGACACACACACACACACACACACAUACAAAAUCAAUCCCUUCUUGUAAGGACUGACAAAGUAAUUUGAAAAAAGGCAGUGUGUGUUCAUCUGAACCACCUAACACACCAAGGCAGACCCAUUCAGCUAUGUAUGUAAGCACAAGGAUUCUGGAACUUUCUGCCCCCCACCCCCCUCCUCGUCUUUCUCUCCCUCUCUCUCCCCCCAGCUGAGUCAAAAGGAAUGUUUUUACUUCUAAGUUCAGUUUUAUUCAGUUUGGAAAUGAUCUUAUUGCGACUGAAUAUUUAAAACGUUGUUCAUGCCUUACCUGUUAUUCGGGUGAUUUAUUAUUAUUUUUUAAUGAUUUGUUUUGAGGGAGACAAAUUUGACUCAGGAAAAUGUUAAUGUAUUAUUGGGGAAAAAAAAAAAAAAAAAAGAUACAAACAAAAGUGUAAGACACUGCAGCCAGGUGGUUGGCAGAGGAGUGAUCCUAAACCGUACCGAUUCCAACCAAUUCCACAACAAGCCCAUGUUCGCAAACACGUUCAAUAUAGCACAUCAUCAUCAUCAUCCUCAUCCCAGUGGGACACUUGGCUUGCUCACCAUAGGUGCUGGAACUACUGGCUGAAACCUGGUCUGUUCCUGCUAGAUAUUGGCCGCAACUCAUCCAAAUGUGAGACAGCUCUGGGCCUGAUCCACUCCUAGGGUGUCAAUCCUGCUUUGGUAGAGGAAUCCUAACCCUUAAUUGUAAUGUAAAAGCAAAGAUGGUUGCAAUGGAAGAGAGGUGGUGUAUCAAGGCCGAAUCUGUUCCAUAUCAAGAGGCAGACCACCUCCGGUUCUGUCCAACACACUGGAGUCAAAGUAGAGAGUCAGGUGGCAAUGCUGGGAUUCAGUUUUGUUGAAGGUGGAAGACACUAUCAGGGCAGAAAGGGAGGUGUGUGUAACCUAGCCUAGCAUUUGAGCAAACUCAUCGGUGUGCUAAACAUCCUACCUGAAGGGAAUUAAAGUAUUUAACAACACCUACUUGGUCAUUGCUCUGCUUCUUUCUGAUUAUAUAUUUUUUUUCUUUUUUGUUGGGGUUUCAUCCCCUGGAGUUUUGAAGGUAUCAAAACUAAGCUCUGGAGCUGCUGAGGGAGCAAAAGUCAAUGAAAAACGUUGGAAUCUUGGUGGCUUUACUUGCAUGUUGGAAAGUACUCUCCAGAUAUUCCUUCCGGUCUUUUUACGGAUCCACACCCAGCCAGAGGGUUUGGCAUUACUCUAUCUGCAGCAGCGAACCUUGAGUGUGGGCCAUCAUAGGCUAACAUAUCUCAUCAUUCACUAAAGUACCUACAACCCUUCUAUCUCUUAAUGUAUUUAAAGUGGAUGUUUACAAGCUGUACAUGGGAAGCCCACUGUAGCCUGAAUGCGGAAUAAUAAAGG